AUGACCAGGAAACUUAUGGCAAUACUUUUUGAACAAGUGCAAAAUUUAAUCAAAACUGGAAACAAAACGACUCACAAGCAGCUGAGUGCAGUCAUCCAGGCUGAACUUCGAAAUUCUGACAUAUGGAAGGGUGGAAUUUUUUUACCUAGCUUUGAUAGUGUGCACUCGAGGUGGCGUUAUAGACCAACCAUACAAUCCGGAGGUGCAUACAACCUUCGCACUUGGGCACAGUCCACAGCUGAAAGGCUGGAUGAUACUGGGAUCAUUUUGGCCAGGUUGGGUAUCCGAUACAAGUUUUACUGCUCCGAUAUAUCUCGAUCAAUUAUGAUUGAUCCUCACCCUCUUCAAAAAUUUGCCUUACAAGAGCUGAAGGAAGGUGUCAUCGCCAAAAAUUUCUACCAGACCAUUGUCUCUAAGGUCUCUAGAGAGCGUCCAGAUUUGGGAUCGUCUUUGCCAGAGUCAUUUGGGUUUGGAAUUGGAAUCGAAUCCACAGAUCCAUUUUUGCGCCUGGACACAAGUUGUCAUAGGGUUUUAAAAUGCGACAUGAUAUUUUCUUUGGAAAUGUCGUUUUCAAGCAUCCAAGAUCCGUUUGACUCCUCCAAGACGUACUCACUACAGCUGAUUGACACAGUAGCUGUCAAACAAGAUUCGUCCAUCACUCUAAGCGGUGGAUUGAAAGCUUUGACCGACAUCACUAUCUUUUCCAAGAACAAACAGCGAGAUGGCGGCACAUCGGAGGCUUCAGGUUCCGGGGAUAUAGACCAGAACGAACUACGUGGUCCAGCUGAAAGACAUGCAUCACGUCAGGAGAGCAGCAUUGCCGCGAUCCCUACCUCCAAAACGGGUCAGCUGCAAAACGAUGAACAAGUAAUUUACAAAAAUGAUACCGUGCCACAGAAUCUUUUUCCAAAGGAAGUCCCAGUAUCUAAACAACAAGAGGAGAUAGGAUCAAGCAACUGCGCUCAAGUCGCCGACGGUAUCGAAACAGAAAUCUCUGCCAAGGUUAAAAGUUUCGCCAUUCCACCUAGAACGUUAGUGAGCUCAUAUACACCCCAAUCCAAACUUAUCGGGUCCGAUGCAUCCGCCUCGCUUCAAACACCACCCACCAAAACUCCCGAUUUAAAGUCGUCGACCAGCCUGACGGUUGUGUCAAGUAUUGUGAAAGACAUCUCUGUCAAACAGGUUGAAAAGCUUGCAGUUCCACCUAAAGCACCAGCAAUCCAAUCCCAAAAUAUCGGGUCCAAUGUAUCCACCUCGCUUCAAACAUCAUCUGCCAAAACUCUCGAUUUGGAGUCUUCGACCAGCCUGGCAGUUCAACCACAAACUCUUGGUUUGACGGCCUCGAAGCAUGCCUCUGAUCACGGCUUCUCUCAAGCUUUUGGAAAAGACAUCUGUGUCAAAGAGGUUGAAAAUUCUGCAGUUCUACCGACAACAUUAGCGAUCCAAUCCCAAAAUAUCGGGUCCGAUGUAUCCACGUUACUUCAAACAUCAUCUGCCAAAACUCUUGAUUUGGAAUCUGCGAUCAGCCUGGCAGUCCAACCACAGCCUCUUGGUUUGACGGCCUCGAAGCAUGCCUCUGAUCAUGGCUUCUCUCAAGCUAUUCAAAAAGAUAUCUGUGUCAAACGGGUUGAAAAUUCUGCAGUUCUACCGACAACAUCAACAAUCCAAUCCCAAAAUCUCAGGCUCGAUGCAUUCGCAUCGCUUCAAAUACUACCCACCGAAACUCCCGGUUUGGAGUCGUCAACCAUCCUGGCGGUUGAACCCCGACCUCUCGGUUUGACGGCCUCGAGCUUGAAGCGUGCACGAUACUCUGAUCAUGCCUUAAGACCUCUGGGUGAAGUGAAAAAACUCAAGGCCAUCGCGAUUUCAGACGCAAAGGACCAGACCAUAAUGGCCAAGAAGCUUGACGGUUUGGACGAAGAUACUAAAAAGUGGUAUGUUCUUAAGAAAAAGCAGAUCUUAAAGAAGUUGCAACAAGAUAUCAUGGAAGAAAUGAGUAACCAGACAGGUUUGAACACAUCUUGA